CUAGAGGAAAGCUCGAGGCUCCCAACAGACUCAGGGAAAGGUCAAAGCAGGUUCGGUGUAGGAAAGCAGAGCUUGAAGUUGCAGCCCCUAAACCCAUCGGUUACAGCCCUUAAAAACGUCUCGUGUUCUCAGAAGUGGAUGUGUAGGCAGGUAGGUACCCAGGAGGAAGGGUGGAUAGGAAGAUUGGUGGGGUUAGUAAGGACACAUAUGUGGUUUUUAGUUCCUCUCCUCCAGUUGCUAAGCUGGGCAUGGUGUCUCUCCAACAAAAGGCAUUCUGUCUUCCUAACUUUAUUUCAUCGCCUCAUUAGAAUACAGAUUUAAUUACGUUGCUUUUACCCACACUGGCCCUACACACAAAGCCGGAGUGAGAAAAUUAAGGCACGUAGAGUGAAUUUUUCAUAGGAGUUUUAGUCCGGAAAGUUCCAAAUAUGUUCAAGCCACCUUUCAAGGGAAAGUUUCUCAACGAAGAGGAGAGCAUCCUUUUGUAGUUGGGGCGGUGGAGGGAGGAAGCAGUCAGACCUCCCUACCUCUUUUUCCCCUGUCUGCCUUUCAGAUGAAACGAAGAUCGGAGAAAACCUUUUUUUUAAGUUGGGGAAGGGGAAAUUCUGCUGAAAUUGGCUAACCACAUCACUCGGGAGCCUUUUUAGCACUUAAAACAGUCGUAGAUCAUUCUAAUUCUUCCCCCAAUCCCCUCUUCCCCAUCACCUCCCCGCACCCCACCUCCCUCCUCUCUUUUAAAGUCUUUGAGGAAAGAUUUUGACGUAUUCGUGUUGUUAUCAGAUUGAUGGGCAGGGUUUGAUUGAAACCCCUUUGUCAUGUAAAUGUCAUCUCCGUGAUGGAUGAGCUCAGAGAUGUGACAAACUUCAGGAGCCCCUCGCUCAUUGGGCUGGGGGCGGACCACGUGGCCCCCCCGCCCCCACCCCGGCCCCGCCGAAGGCUCCGGGGUUCGAGGGCCAGCGAUGCAUGGAAGGAAGUUUUACAGCUUUGACAUACUAUCUAAAGGUUGUAGGGCAGGCGGAAUCCCCCCCAAAACAGGCUGACCCUCCUCCAUCAGUGGCAGAUGGACAAUACUAGGAUGAACUCCUUCUUAGAGUAUGCAAUUUGUAACCGUGGGACGGGCGCCUACCACCAUUUAGAGCAAAGCUCCCCUUCCUUCCCCUCUUGCUCAGGUAGCCCCUCCAGUGACACUUUUCAUGGAGAAGGGCGCUACGGUGCGGGGGGCAGCGCGGUCGCGGCCGCCCAUCUCCCCCCGCAGAGCCCCGGCUUCUUCCCCGCCGCCUCCGGGCGCUCCGUGCCCUUCGCGGCCGCUGCCCCGAGCGCCGGGUACCCAACCCAAAAUUGCAGCCCCGGCUACGGGCACCACCAGCUCUACCUCGGCCAGCAGGACGCGGACGGCGUGUACUUCCAGGCGGCCGGGUACUCCUCCAGCACCGGACCCCACCUCGGCUCCCUGGCAGAGGGCUAUUGUGGGGCCGUAGGGCAGUACCAGCAGCAGCAGCACCUUUACGGGCAGGAGCAGCCCGGUUACUUGCCCGGGGUUUACGGCAACCUCUCGCCUUCCCUAAAUGAGGACAAAGACCCCGCGUGUCCCUCCGAGCCGUGCCCCAAUGCCAGCGCGGCGCGGACCUUCGAUUGGAUGAAAGUGAAGAGGAACCCUCCCAAGACAGGUGAGUUUGGGGCGCUCAGGGCUCGGCGGGGGGGGGGGGGGGGGUUCCCAUCCGGGCUGAGGAGAAGGGCGGGCGGGGGGUGGUCGUUCUGCAGCCCUGCUAUGAAAUGUUGCCUUCCCAGUUGUUUCUGCUCGAGGUCAUUGGGCUCCUUUGCCUGAGGAAGACGCAUUUUUAUUCUUAUUUUUAAGCUCUAUAGAAAAACCAGCUAGCGAUUUUUCGGGCACACCUGGCAGAGGUCCCUGAGCUCGCUUGCCUUCAGGCCCAAUGCAGUUUUAAGCCCAGCUCGGAAUAGGAAACACUCCCAGUUUCCUGCUUCCUCCACAAAGGUGGCUUCCACCUCUCUCAUUGUUCAACAUCCUUCUCUAAAACCUUCCUGAAAUCCGGAACUUCCCUCCUCCCCCACCAUCUCCCCCCCCCCCUCCCUUCCACUCCUUCCCACGCACGUUCAAGUUUCAUGGCACUUCGCAGGGAGCUGGGAGGACCGUUUGCAAGAGAAAGGAGCAGCUCUGCAGAUCCCGGGGCAGCAUUUCCCUCCGGGUUACGUCCCUGGAAAGUCAGGGGUGGCUCAGGAGAAGCUGCGAGAGGUGGGGGCCCAACACGCAGCAGAGGGUAGGCACGGGGGAUGCCCAUUCAAUCAGACAGCCCCGGGACCCCCAGGCCCAGCUAAAGCACUGCUUCUGCCCUGUUGUUUUUUGCUCCUUACAGCCAAAGUGUCGGAAUACGGGCUGCUGGGCCAGCCCAACACCAUUCGCACCAACUUCACCACCAAGCAGCUGACGGAGCUGGAGAAGGAGUUUCACUUUAACAAGUACCUCACCCGGGCCCGGAGGGUGGAGAUCGCCGCUACACUGGAGCUCAACGAAACCCAAGUCAAGAUCUGGUUCCAGAACAGGCGGAUGAAACAGAAGAAGAGGGAAAAGGAAGGUCUCGCCCCUCCUGCUGCCUCCAGGUCCGCGAAGGAAGCGAGUGAAGCCUCGGAUCAGUCCAACUGCACCUCACCUGAGGCCUCCCCCAGCUCCGUGUCCUCCUGAGCCGCGGUUCCGCGGGGCACAACGACCGGAUCGGGGCUGCCUUCGAGGGCCGCUGCUCCCCGCCGCUCCCCGCAGCCCGACCCGCACUGCCCCGCACAGCCCCGGCCGCACACGCUUCCCUCCGAGCCGCCCCUUCGGCUCCGGCCGCCUCCACGCGUGCGGUGCCCAUUCCCCGUUUGCCUUCCUCUCUUAAUUUAUAGACCCUCCGUCAAACGUUGGACUCCAAAGGAGCGGCCGUGUCCUCGUUUAUCCUUAGCAAUAGGCGUUUGUCUCAGGGACGUUUCUCCCUUCUCCCCUCCCCCGAUAGGAACUGCACUUUCAACUACAGAAACUUGAAAACGAAUUUAGUUCUCUCCCGCUUUAAAGAUGUGCACAACGACUUUUGUCCGCACGCACCCUGAGUUUGCUGUGUUAUUCCUCCCCUCGAGACGGCUAAAACAGAAAAGUUUGGGGUGCUUUUUUUUUGUUUCCCUUUUACAUUUACUCUGUGUAUCUCGGAAAGAGCCCAAGGCGCUGAAGGCCUCUGGGAAGACCCGAAAAAGAAAAGAAACGAAGCAAAAACGCAACUCCUCUGCUGCCAUUUUGCACUAUCGUCGCUUUACAGGGUUUCCUACACGCUCUCCGCCUGUAUUACCGAUCCUGGGGGUGGGAGCGUUGUGCUAUCAGAUAAAACGAGAUAAGGGGAAGGCUGAGCCCGGGGUGCUUUGGGCAACGGUCAUUGCCGCACCGAGUGUGAACGUGCAUGGGACGAAGGCCGGGGGGGUCCGCACUGCGCUCCCCCAACCGCGAUGCACUGACUGCUAUUUAUUGUACGUCUCGAUAGCCUCACGUCUUGGGGCGAAGCUGCACGGCUCCUCGUAUCCCCACCCCCUCAGGCUUAUCGGAGUCCGAGAAAAACAUAAUUAACCACGGCCAGUUGCUACCCUUUACCACCAGAAGCUUUAGCGCAGGGCGAAGUGAAAACCACGGCGAGUUUCGUUAAAGGUUGUUUUAAAGAGAUAAAGGGUCAUCCUGAAAAGCCUGUGGUUUCUUAAUCGGAAUCUGUUUUCCCUCUACUCCCUUCCCUGUUUUUCGAAAUGAAA